UUCCCUGUGCUGCCAUAGCAACCAGGAAACAACCUCCGCUCAGACAAGAAGGAUGGUGCUGUGGCCGAGAUCUGUAGAUGCACACGGCUGGUAACAGAGCAACCGGGACCAAGGGACAACAAGAGCUCAGGAGAAGGGGAGAGACAGGUCGCCCAGAGAGUAGACAAUCCAGGGCUUGAGGAGGCUGGCUGUGCGGUUUAUUUUUUCUCUCCACAAAGACACACACUGUCUAAACUGUGUGGCUGGUUGUUAUUAAGAAGCUGCUGCGAGAGGGAAAAAUGUAUUUAAUAAAAGGCCCUGUGUUUGUGGUCUUCUUGGGCUUGCUGUGAGCUCUGGAAAUCUUGAGGUGUGACCAGAUUUCAGCCUUCAAAACCAAGAUGGACUGCCCUUGAGAAGGGGUGGUCAGAGGGAAACAUGUUCACGCUCUCCCUCCUGAGCCGGGGCCACGGGAAGCUGGGCCAGGACAAACAGAAGUUAGAAGUCUACUUUGAACCAGAGGAUUACUUGAACUGGAGGUCCCCAGAAGACUAUGUUCCUGUCAGCAAACCUCAAGAUAAGAACAAUGCCAGCCAGCACUCCUGGAGCCUCUUUCUCCCUAAAACUUUCAGCACUAGAAAGGGUGCCCUGAUCCUGUACUCAGAAGGUUUAGCCAUUUCAGCAUGGACACCCAAAGAGAGGAGAAAAGGCCCCUACUGCCCCAGAGGUCCCUGGAGGAAGCUGGAUCUUGAACUGCACACACUUCAAGACCUCAAAGAAGCCAUCCUGGCAUAUGGAAGGCAACAGGGAGAGCAGGACAGAGCCUGGCAACCAUACCUCCACUUCCGAAGCCAGCUGGAGAGCCAGGCCCAACGGCAGAUCCAGCCGGGGCAUUCAGCCAAGAGAUACCUCCGAGGCCUCCUGCGGACUUGGCCCCCAGACGCCAUGUAUAGGCUCUGGUGCGCAGGAUACAUCAAGGAUUCUGUGCUACUCCAGGACAGUCAACUUAAUGUACCAAAGAAGCUCAGGCCACAACAAGAUCUUUCAGGUGUACCCCCAAAAUACCAUCUCCUGCCUGUCUUCCCUUCAUUUUGGAUUCAACAAGGAAAAUCUUUUGAACAAGGUCAACAGGGCCUGGAUGAAGGGGACGCUGGAGCUGCUGGACACGUGGACCAGGGCCCUCUAGCCCAGAACCAUGGCAGUCAGGGGACUCGCUUGCCACCACGCAGGAAGCAGCCCUGGCAGGAAGACGAAACGCAGGCAGAGGACACGUCAAUAGAGAAUCACUUUUGUUUAUAUGCUUCAAAGGAAAGCUACAAUGAAAAGACACAGCAAACCUCCAGGAAGGCCUUUGGGCAUGGCCGCAUCGAUCACUCUUGGCUCCCAAGUGACAAAUCCCACAUUACAUUCUGUGGAGGCGCCUUCCCUAAUAGGAAGGCAGAUCUCAGCGAUAAACAAAGGAACGUGAAACUCCACAAGGCCAGAAGCGGCCACUUGUUACAGGCGCUUCCUGCUGAAAGAUGCCUCUUCCCUCCUGUAGCAUCUGCCACUGGCUCCAGAAUAAUCACCCCUGGGGAAGUGAAGAAGAAAAAGGCACCAAAGGCUUUGAAAUUACCUCCUAUCUCAGAAGAACCACCCAGAGUCUUGGAGCCCCUGAAGAGCCAAUUUAAAGCCAAUGAGCCCCCAACAGAGCUCUUCAUCUUACCGGUGGAGAUUCAUUACCACACCAAACAACCCCCAAAAGAGAAAGCCCACAGAAGAGGUGCUCCACACCCUGAGUCAGAACCAGAAAGAAGCGAAGAAUCCACACGUGUGUGGAGACCUCCCCUGAAGCAUGCGUCCUUAGAAACGCCAUGGGAGUUAACAGUGCAUCUCCCAGUGGACGCGAGCAGGGACACACCCUCACCUCAAGAUGAUGCCCCACCCCACGAUGUGGCCCCACCAUUGGAUCUUCUACCCCCGAUUAAAGGAAAAAAAAGUCCUGAGAGCCAGAAGGGCGUGGACAGCCCUAGGACAUCAGACCACAACAGCCCCCCAAGUCUCCCGAACAUGAGAGUGCCCAGGAGGGCACUGCCAGCAGCUCAAGAAGAUUCCAGCGACCCUACACUGGGACACUUCUUGCUGGGUCCAGAUGGAGAAAAAGUCUGCCUGUCCCUCCCAGGGCAUACCCAAACCGAGGCGCUUCCAUCGGGUAAAGCCUAUGAAUCUGUCAAUUCAAAUAUCAGCCAUGAAGAGGAAGGGCCUAGUAGUCAGCAUUUCCUAAAAGCAAACACUGAACCUAGAGCCAAUCUUCACAUGAACCUUUAUGAAACCUCACCGUUGACCCAAACAACAGAGAAGCAGGGAGCCCAGCAGUCCUUGGAGGCAGCAGCUCAGAAGACAGGAGAGCCUCAAAGUUGUAUAAAUAAAGGGCUGAUAUGUUCAAACAGAAAAGAAUUUUACACGCGCAAGCUGCACAUCGACAUGACGCCGUUCCUGAAGGAAAGUGGAAAUGCACUGGACUAUCAGGAAGAAGCAGGGAGACCCCUCAGAGAAACUCACCACGACGGCCAAGACCCAGAGCCAAGGAGUAUGACCCUUGACUCUCUCAGGGCUUCCCGGACUGAGCACAUCCAGACCCCAGAAGCAGAUAUUGUGCAAAAGGUGGGCAGAGAUUAUGAUGUACACCACCUACACAGAGGACUUCUGGGAUACGGGCCUGAGUCACCCGAGAGGUUGAGUGCUGUGUAUACAUCUCUUCUUCCAAGAGAAAGAGAAGGGAAGGCUGAACCAAGACUGUUUAGCCAGGAGACAUCAGCCAGCAUCAGUCAUGAGAGGGAUUUGAUUAACGAGGCCAAGAGAAAGGAAAAACCCAAGAAAGACAAAACCAAAGGACCCAAAAGGGAGAGAGAAGGAAAGGUCUACGGGCAAGCAGAGGCUGCCAUUGGAAAGUCAAAGGACUCAAAGGCUAAAAAAAAAUUAGAAAAAAAAACAAGACCCCAAAGGAAAAGGACACAGAAGGAAAGAAAUCUGGAGAUAGUGGCAGAGCUGAGCGGGCCUGAUGUCAGCUAUGAGGAAACAGAAGACACCUCAAAUAGAGGUUCCUUUGCCUCAGACUCCUUUGUAGAGGACCCUUGGCUUUCUCCCAAAUACGAUGCCCAGGAAAGCCAAGUUUCUCUAGAUGGAAGAUCAUCACCCUCUCAGAUUGCAACUGUCACUGGCAACAUGGAAUCUAAAGAAGAGAGAAGAUGUGAGGACCCUUCCAAGGCCCUCCUCACUAAGAGGGAGCAGGAGAAGGCUUCCUGGGACAGGCUUCGAGCAGAAAGAGCCGAGAUGAGGUGGCUGGAGGUGGAGAAGAAGAGAAGGGAGCAGGAAGAGCAAAGGCAGCUCCAGCAGGAGCAGCUGGAGAGAGCAAAAAAGAUGGAGGAGGAGCUGGAGCUGGAGCAGCAGAGACGUACAGAAGAGAUCCGCUUGAGGAAACAGAGACUCCAAGAAGAACAGCAGCGGCAGGAGGAGGAGGAGAGAAAGCAGCAGCUCCGGUUGAAAGCAGCCCAGGAGAGAGCCCGGCAACAGCAAGAGGAGUUUCGGAGGAAACUGCGAGAACUACAGAGAAAAAAGCAGCAGGAGGAAGCCGAGAGGGCCGAGGCAGAGAAGCAAAGGCAAGAGGAAUUGGAAAUGCAGUUAGAAGAAGAACAAAAACACCUGAUGGAAAUGGCUGAAGAGGAACGACUGGAGUACCAGCGGCGGAAACAGGAAGCAGAAGAGAAGGCUCGGCUGGAGGCAGAGGAGAGGAGGCAAAAAGAAGAGGAAGCAGCAAGACUGGCUCUGGAAGAAGCCACGAAACAAGCUCAGGAACAAGCCAGGCAAAAAGCUGCUUUGGAGAAACAUCUUCAUUUCUAUCAAGAACUCCGUAAGGAAGCCAGUGGCCUGCAGUGGACACAGAACAUUUCCAGACCAUGGGUUUACUCUUAUUUCCAGUUCCUACAAAUACCCAGGCCUUAAGGCUAGAAGAAAACUAAAAAAUUUAGGAUGUUGCAGUCAAGCACCAGAUAAGAGUGACUUCCCUAAAUGUUAUUCAAGGUCCCUUCAGAAAUCUGAUAAUCUGUUAAAAUUUUUGUUGUGAAAUGCCUAUUUUAUCAGCACUGCUAAUCAGAUAAGCACACAUUUAAGUUAACCAUAGCAGAGUGCAAUGCAUUUCGAAAAAUCCAAAAAACUAAAAACAAGAAAAUUACUUCCCCAGUAGCUAAGUCCCACCAAAAUCCUGAGUGUCUUCAGACAUUCAGAGACGCAAACAAAAUUAAGAUACCAAACUACAGAUUCAUAGUUCAAAUACCCAAUCAGAUCUGUUAUUCAGUCUUGACAGAAAUAUGCAACUCAUGAGGAUUUUCUUAAAAUGGGCCUAGUUCCUAGUCACUGUUCAAUGAACAUAAUGAUAAAUAUCAGGUGACAAUCUAAAAGCUCUAACUUAUACCAUACAAAUAAUUUUUCAGUUAGGGUCAAACAUAAGAAUUAUAAGAUCAAGCCAAUCAAUCUCUUUCUCAAAAGGUGACUUGAGUAGGUAUGUAAGCUAUAAAUAGUUUAUAAAAUGCAUUCAAAGUGGGUUUUAUUUGGUCUUCUCAAGUAGUUAGAUGACAUUCUAUUUGAGAUAACAUGAAACUGGACUGUAUGUAUGCAUAGAUGUAAAUUCUGUGAUUCAUUAGCAUUAAAAGGAAAAGUUAAGCCCUCUAAUAGGAACAAACUAAUCUGAUAUUUUAAUUUUACACAAAGUUUAAAUAUUUAAGAUAAAAAGAAAUAAGGCUGGGCCAGGCACGGUGGCUCACGCCUGUAAUCCCAGCACUUUGGGAGGUCGAGGCAGGCAGAUCACAAGGUUAAGCGAUCGAGACCAUCCUGGCCAACAUGGUGAAACCCCAUCUCUACUAAAAAUACAAAAAUUAGCCAGACGUAGUGGCACAGUCCCGAGUAGUCCCAGCUACUCAGGAGGCUUAGGCAGAAGAAUCACUUGAACCCGGGAGGCAGAGGUUGCAGCGAGCCAAGAUCACACCACUGUACUCCAGCCUGGGUGACAGAGUGAGACUCCGUCUCAAAAAAAAAAAAAAAAAAAAAAAAAGAUAUAAAGAAAUAAAAGGAAAACAUAAAAUAUACCAAACCUUACCACUUUGUACCUUGUUAAAGGAAGAACUGAAAUUAUCAAUAAAAAUCCAGUAAGAAUUUUUGGCAUGCCCAUUUAUUCAACAUGAUUAGGUAACUGUAUCAUAUAUAUGCACCAUACAGGAAUAUCAAGUUUUUAAAAAAACAGAACACUGAGUAUUAAAAAGGUAUUGUGGCCUUAAUUAAAUCCUUGAUUCAGAAGGCACUUCAGUAACUUUCAGUGCUUCAAAGUCAUUAACAUCAUCACUGUACAGUAAUGAAGAAAAAAUUUGUACCAUGUGCAAUUUCCAGUAUUUAUGCAAGAAAACCUUAUUUUAGGCAUUUUUUUCUUUCUAUACAAUUAAAAUAAAAUAAGCAUUAGUACGAUUUUUACAAAUAUUGUUUAUUUUAAUGAAGCUGGUACAGACAAUGUCCAUUUAAAACCCAUAUCCCAGGCCAAAAAGUACAAAUAAAAUCAAAAAGAGCAGUGUUCUGUUGUAUUCAUUUCUGCAUGUAUAGCUUUAUUAAUUGCUAAUGAAAAUUAGAACUUUUCUGGGAUCUUCUGACAAGAUUUUUAAAAAAUCUUAAAAUGCCUUUUCUUCAGUGAAGCCAUCUUUGGAGUUAGUCAUUACUCUCACCUUAUCUGUCAUCUUGACUUCAACCUGAUAUUCCUCUUCUUUUGGUCCAGACCCUCAAAUUUUAAAAGUAGCUUCAAGUUAAGGAAAGGUCAUUUUUCCACAGUUCAGUUCUCUGAAAAACUUCCAUCUCCCACUGAAAGUCACAGUCCAGGAGUGAAGUAAUCACAUGCUAGAACAUCAGGGCCAAUUGGAAAGUCAUUAUGAACACUUGCAUUGGUCGAUCUUAUUUAUCACCACAAGCCUGAAAAUGCAAUGUCCUGAAAAAGGUGACCUCUCUGUGCACACGUCAUUUUUAAAAAGGAGAGGGUAAUAUGAAGGGGACUGAGGCUUGAUCACCAAAAAUCAGCACAAUGAAAACAAACAAUAAUGAAUAAUGAGCACUAGAAUUCAAAUUACCAGAUGUUUCAAAGAGAUGGGGUGCCAGUUUUCAAUUCCGUUUUGAACACCACAUUACAAAAGAACUAUUUUUAAAAAUAAAAAAGGAUUGAGGGAAAAGAAAAAAAAUAAAAAGAAUAUCUAAA